AUGGGCCUUGACAAGAACGAGUCUAAACGAGACAAAUCUCGGCGAGACUCGGCGAGACUCGGCGAAACGGACCUCACGAGACUCAGCGAGACUAGACAAGACCGAUUAUAUAAGUGUGCGAGACUAGACCCGACGAGACUCAACGAGACUCCACGAGACCGCGAGACUGUUUACGACUCAACCGAACUGAAAACGAUACCACAAGAACGAGGAUCCGGUUGA